AUGGAAUCGGGCACAACUCCGACAGGAUCAACGCGUCAGGUCGCGCUAGAAAGAGAACUAGCACAACUAAUAAGGAUAAAUUCUACUGUAGCUAAUCUCAUUGAAACCAUCAAAUAUACUCAUUCCAAUAUAGCGAAGAUCAACGAAUCUGGAAAUAGCACACAUACAUUGCUUGACCAAUGGGUGCGGAUACUUUCACAGACAAAUUUCACUCAUGAUAUCAUCAACGACCGUACUUGGAACGGAAAAGAAGAUCAGGAAUUGGAAGAAGAGGAUGACGAUUUGGCACAGAAAGAAAUCUUGGAGCAACAACUUUUGAACCAAUUGUCCAAACUUGAAGCUGAAAACUCUGAAUUAAGCACAAAGAUAGAAACGAAGGAACAAGAACACGAACAAGCACGUCAGAGACGUAAUGACAUUCUAGUACAGAGGAAGAGAGAGUUGGGGUUGUAUACUGUAUCUGGCAGAGAUGCUACCAAAAGAAGAAGAUAG